AUGUCCACUGAGAAGUCAGAACCUGCUGUCGGCGAUCACGCUGAGGAGCGUCGUGUUGAUGCUCCGGAGGUCGACACAGCCGUUCAGAUUGCUCAUGAUACCCAAGAAGGCUCCUACUCGCCAUGGACGCCGUCCAUGUUCCGGCUUUACGCCGUUUUAUCGAUUGGUACCUACUGCGGACUCUGA